AUGACCGCAGAAAAUUCUGCGGAGAAGACCGCAGAGAAGACCACAGAGAAGACCGCAGAGAAUACCGCAGAGAAGACUGCAGAGAAGGCCACAGAGAAGACCGCAGAGAAUACCGCAGAGAAGACUGCAGAGAAGACCACAGAGAAGACCGCAGAGAAUACCGCAGAGAAGACUGCAGAGAAGGUCACAGAGAAGACCACAGAGAAGACCGCAGAGAAGACCACAGAGAAGACCGCAGAGAAGACCGCAGAGAAGACCACAGAGAAGACCACAGAGAAGACCGCAGAGAAGACCGCAGAGAAGACCGCAGAGAAGACCGCAGAGAAGACCGCAGAGAAGACCGCAGAGAAGACCGCAGAGAAGACCACAGAGAAGACCACAGAGAAGACUACAGAGAAGACUACAGAGAAGACCACAGAGAAGACCGCAGAAAAUACCGCAGAGAAGACUGCAGAGAAGGCCACAGAGAAGACCACAGAGAAGACCACAGAGAAUACACAUGAAGACCUUUGA